AGACGAGCGUACCUGCAUCAUCCUGCCUCCAGCCCCAACACGAAACCUGUACCAAGGAACUAACGAAUGUCUUCUGGAAAAAUAUAACAAGCAUGUAGUUCAUGCACCAUCAUCUCCAUGUAAUCAUAAGCGAUCAAAAGGGUCCCCCGCGCCAUGAACCCCUGCCAUCCCAUUCCCCGGGACCAUCCCUACCCACAACAACAACCCCGAACACCAGGGACCAUCCCAUCCCACAACCAUCUAUACCCUCAUCCCGCCCUGCCCUGUCCAGCCCUCUGCGCCACAAAACAGUACUUUGAAACUUAACACCAGCUCAUUAUACACCCUCUAGUCCGUCUCCUAAAACCCACAUCUACUUUCCGCUUUUC